CUCUCUAAAGGCGUGGGCUUUCCCUUUUGUCCCCCACCUUUUUUCCCCAAAUCUCGAUCCGCGGCAGCGAAUCCGUCCACCACCAACUCCGCGCUUGUUUCUUCUCCCCUCCCUCUGAGUGACAAGACUGGCGUGCGCCAGGGCCUGGGUAGCAGCACCUGGUUGGAGGCCGGCGAGGAUCCCGGUGCCUUAAUUGGGGUCGCAGGGAGGACUAGGGUUCGGGGAGUGAGGUCAUAAUCAUGGCCUGAUGAGGCCCUUUUGGAGGGGAAUUAGGGCUCCUAUGUUCACCGAUUUGACCACUCCCAGAGCUGGAGCUCGAGGCGACUCGGUUUCCCGGAUCUCAUAAUUCCCUUCCAUAGCUUUUUAGGGUUUUUAUGAGGGUUUUAAUUUCAAUGUGGAAUCCUCCCGCGUCGCGCUUCUCUCCGGACAAGAAAACAGCGUCUAAAUUUAUGCGUGAAACGCGUUCGAAUUUGGAGCAGACAGGAAUCGCGUUUCAACCACCUAGAGUCGGUAACGAGCGACGAUAGACCUCUUCGCGGAGUGCCGUGUGGGUCCGCACAGGAUGGACGGUUGCGAUUUGCUUUCUGUGGGACCCGCGGUUUGUUUUCAGGUGUGGUGGCUCGGCGGAGGUGGGUAUAGUUAACGAGAGGCGGGGGAGGUUGGUUUUCCCCAGAUUAUUGUUAGUUAGGGCUAGAAGAAGGGAGAGGGAGAUGGGGGAGGAGGAGAGGGAGUCGAUAAGGGCAGCGUCGGAGGAGGUCUCGCGCCAGUUCAAAACCCUAAUUAAUGGCGAGGAGGUCGAAUCCGUCAAGCAAAUCCAACAUCUCAUAAACACUCUAUGAUGAUGAUUUGGGUUUCAAGGAACUGUCUUUCUCAACUCGAAUGGUGCCAUCUCCAUUAAUCAUCUCUUUUGGACCAUCAGAGAGCUCCACAACUCUCCUUGGAUCAGCUUCUCUAAACUUACUGCUAUCACUAAUCCCCCAAAGAAGAUUGGGAAGACUGCAAGAUAGUAAUGCAGUCUUGGCACAUUUUAAUGAGUACUCAGAGCGGUGCUAUGCUGAGGUAUCUGGUGACUUCUCAAGAAAUACUCAGCUUUUAAAGUCUAUAAAGUCUGAUCUAGACCACAUUUUUACAAAAUUAAGAAGCAUGAAAGCGAAGCUAAAAGCCACAUAUCCUGAUGCUUUUCCUGAUGGUUCGGCAACAGAUAGGCUAGACCAAAGACCUGACCUCGAAAUGCCUCUGCAAUAGGUAUUUGUGCGUGGUAUGUCAGGGAUUAGAAUUUCAUGGCUGCUGUGGUAAUUUGCCUGGUCCAUGGAAGGGGGCCGGUGCCUUUCCAGAGUUGUAUUGUAUUGGAACAUGCAAGGCACAUCAUCCUGACACAAGGGGGCAUUUGAUAGAUCUUGGAGCUUAAUUGGGAUCUCCAAGCUUUCCAAUGCAGUUUCUGUUACGCCGCAAGGUUUACCGACAUAGAGAUAUUGAUGAUUUCAUGGUAGUGUAUUGCAUUGAUUGAUGAAUGAAAAAAAUGUUUUUUCAGCUUCGGUCAGAAGUCUGAAGGUAAUCAAAUCCGUGAUGAGAAGACUGAAUUUAUGAACUCUAGUUUGUGCCUUUUCAGAAGAAUUAAUCGUUUUAUAUUUUUUAAGAGCUGGAGAAUCAUAACAGCAAGAUGGAGAAACAGAAUAUUAUGGCAAUGAAGGUUUUAAGGCCUAAUU